GCCUCGUUCAGGCAGCGGCCGUAUAGCACGGAGUCCCAACUCCGUCCUGCAGUGACCGAGAGAGCGUCAUGCGGCUAUUGCUGGGGCUUGCAGCCCUUGCGGCUGUGGCCGUGUCCGUAACCUUCGGAAAUGGUUACGAAAUUGGACGUGAGUAUAUCUACGACUACUACGGACACUUGCACACAUUCAUGUCGGAAAUGAGUCAGCAAGUCUCUGGCGUCGUCCUGAAGAGCAAGAUCUUGGUCCAGCCCAAGAAGGACUAUCUCAUUUUCAAGGUGAUUGACAUGAAGUUCGACAGGGUUCACAAGGAUGUGGAUGAUUUCAUCGAGCACCCGUUCAACUACAGGACGAUCGACGAGCUAGGCCGCUUCAUAGAGAAGCCCUUCACUGCCCGGUACGAUCAGGGAAAGAAGUGGCUGCAGUAG